AUGCAAAAUAGUAUUACAAGUCAUCAAUUCAGAAAAUUUACAUUAUUAUCACCAUCACCAUCAAAAUUAGUUAAUUUUAGAAUUUAUAACAAACCUACGUCUUCUCCAAAUAGGGAAGUUGCAUUUGUUCAAUGA